UAUUUCACUUUAGGUUGGAUUCCUCUCUCUCUCUCUCUAAUUAAAUUGUAGUUUUGGCUGGUUUUAAGUGGCAUAGCUCUUUAAUUUCAGGGACCAGUGUAGUUUAGUUUAGGACUUAAAUAAGUGCCUUUGUAAUAAACUUUGUUAUUGCCAUUUAAAUUAACAAUCAUGGCAAGAAAGAUGCUUAUUGAUGGGGAGGUGAACCAAACUAACCAAGUAGAAGAAGAGGCCCACUUUGAUUUUGAUUUGUUUGUCAUUGGAGCUGGGAGUGGUGGUGUUCGUGCUGCUAGGUUUUCUGCUAAUUAUGGAGCUAAGGUUGGAAUUUGUGAACUUCCAUUCCAUCCUAUCAGCUCAGAAGUAAUUGGAGGGGUUGGUGGAACGUGUGUUAUUCGUGGUUGUGUUCCAAAGAAGAUUUUAGUUUAUGGAGCCAAUUUUGGAGGUGAAAUUGAGGAUGCCAGGAAUUACGGUUGGGAAGUGAACGAGAAAUUGGACUUUAACUGGAAAAAACUGUUGCAGAAAAAGACGGAUGAAAUAAUCAGGUUAAAUGGAAUUUACAAGAGGUUACUAUCUAAUGCUGGGGUUAAACUGUAUGAAGGAGAGGGAAAGAUUAUUGGUCCUAAUGAAGUUGAGGUGACUCAACUAGAUGGGACUAAAUUGAGGUACUCAGCAAAGCACAUACUGAUUGCAACUGGCAGUAGGGCUCAACGUCCGGCUAUUCCUGGGCAGGAGCUGGCCAUAACUUCUGACGAGGCAUUGAGUUUGGAAGAUUUGCCUAAGCGUGCAGUGGUGUUUGGUGGGGGGUACAUUGCUGUUGAGUUUGCUUCAAUAUGGCGUGGCAUGGGUGCUACUGUGGAUCUAUUUUUCAGAAAGGAACUUCCAUUAAGGGGUUUUGAUGAUGAAAUGAGGGCCGUGGUUGCGAGAAAUCUAGAAGGCAGGGGAAUUAAUUUGCAUCCAAGAUCAAAUUUGAUAGAGUUGACUAAAACAGAGGAGGGAAUAAAAAUUUACACCGAUCACAAAGAGGAGCUGCUGGCAGAUGUUGUACUUUUUGCCACUGGUAGAGCUCCCAAUACGAAGAGAUUAAAUUUGGAAGCUCUAGGCGUUGAGCUUGAUAAUGCGGGAGCUGUGAAGGUUGACGAAUACUCUUGCACAAACAUACCUAGCAUAUGGGCUGUUGGUGAUGUCACAAACCGAAUGAAUCUGACUCCUGUGGCCUUAAUGGAGGGAACAUGCUUUGCAAAAACUGUUUUUGCGGGGCAACCUACCAAACCAGACUACAAUCACAUACCAUGUGCUGUAUUUAGCAUACCUCCUCUCUCUGUGGUGGGCCUCAGUGAGGAGCAGGCGUUAGAGCAAGCAAAUGGUGAUGUAUUGGUGUUCACUUCGACUUUCAACCCUAUGAAGAAUACUAUCUCUGGACGACAAGAGAAGACGGUAAUGAAGCUUGUUGUUGAUGCUGAGACGGAUAAGGUUCUUGGAGCUUCCAUGUUUGGGCCAGAUGCACCUGAAAUCAUGCAGGGUAUUGCUGUUGCGCUGAAGUGUGGAGCAACAAAGCAACAAUUUGACAGUACUGUGGGAAUACACCCUUCUGCUGCUGAGGAAUUUGUGACCAUGCGUUCAGUGACUAGACGCGUUACUGCUGGUGGCAAACCAAAGACAACAAAUCCGUGAAAAACAUCAGCAGAAAAAGAAAAUCCAAAAAUGAAUUCUGCUUUUUCGUGGUCAUCGGAAACUAUUUCAUGUUAGCAAGUGCAAGAAAUAGAGGCAAUUAGGGCGAGGAUACGACUUGUCAACCCAAUAAAAGUUCGCGUCAUGAUAUAGUAUUGUAUGCCUGGCAGUUCAGAUGCUUCUAUGGAAACUAUUGUUUCUUUUUUUUCACCUAAGUAAUUAGAUGUUACCUUUCAGUGGUGGACGAAUACUAUCUUAGAACCAAUGUGGACUAUUUGACUUUUUUUAUCUCUUAUUAAAUAUGGCAUGCGCCUUUUUAUGGUUUUGUGAAAA